UGAACUGCGGCAAUUAAGCAAGCACUUCUUCCUUCCCCAAAUCAAGCUUCCCAUGCAGAGAGAAAACAACUUCCACCCCGAUUCUGGCAUUUGCCGCCGCCUCUUCAGGUACAUCUUCAAUGCCCUCAAGGUCCUUAACGGCACUCAAGGGCUUUAUACCCACGCCAAACCCAAAGGACGUGAUGAUAUGAGGAUCAAGCUCAUGAAGGAAGAUGACGAUGCGGGUUGUGAAGUUGAAAUUCUCUUCAAGAAAACCGACGAGACGGAGUACGACCGAUCCAAGAUUAACAUUGAUGUGGAGGAGGAAGAUAAAGAAAAGAAGAACGGGAAGACGGUGAUUUCGGAUCCGCCAGAGCAUCCAAGGGUACUUCUGAAUGUAGAUAGUAAUAUCAAUGAAAAGUCCGACGAGUACAUCCGGCGUCGGAAGGCAAGAAUGAGAAAUAUUGACAUCGAGCAGAAAAAAUAUUAACUUUCUCAGGCCCUACUCUGUUUUGAUCACAGAAUUUGAUCACAUGAUCUUUGAUUUUCCCUCUUUUUCUUAAUUUUUUUUUAUAGUUAAUCACAUGAUGUAAAUAAGUGUGAAAUAUGAAAUCUGUAUAAUUAUUUUUAUGCUUCCUUAAAUAAUUGAAUAAAAAUUUCCUUCUAAU